AUGGGUUCCUUAACAGAAAAGAAUGUGGACGAUACGUGCUAUCAGAUAGAUAGCAACACAGAGAAUGCUGUGGAUUACAAUGCCAAACUAUUCAAAAGCUUCGCUGAACAAGAAGAAAUUACGCUUCUGAUGAAGGAAAAUCCAUCUAUUGCAAGACGAGUUCUUUGGAAAGUGGACUUAUUUAUUGCAACUAAUAUGUUCCUUAUUGUCUUCUUGGAAUUCUUGGACAAAAACUCGCUGGGAUUUGCUGCAGUGCUUGGAUUAAAAGCCGAUACACACUUGGCGGGAAACGAUUACUCUAACUUGUCAUCAAUAUUCUAUUAUGGCUACCUUCUUGGAGAAUUCAUUUCCUUUUUCUUGAUUCCGAAGGUCAGGAUUGGAAAAUUUGUGUCCAUCAGCCUUCUUGUGUGGGGAGCACUGUUGAUGUGCCUUGCAGCUUGUCAAAGCUUUGGGUCUCUGUGCGCGGUCAGAUUUCUGCUUGGUGUUUUUGAGGCUUGUAUCCUUCCAGCAUUUAUGAUCAUUGCUUCGUUGUGGUGGAAGAAAGAAGAGCAACCUUUGAGGAGCACGCUAUAUUUUAACACGUUGGCAGGUAUCUUGGGAGGGAUAUUUGCGCAUUUGAUUGGCCUCAUCCACGGCAAGCUGGCUACAUGGAGAAUUCUGUUUUUGAUUUAUGGUGCUGUCACAGUCGUGUAUGCCAGCUUUUUGGUAUUUUUAUUCCCUGACAACAUCGAAAACGCGAUCUUCUUGACUCCACAUGAAAAACAAGUUGCUUACCUGCGGGUGAUAAAGAAUCAUACCGGGAGCUCUUUGCACAGUGAUUUCAAACUUUAUCAAAUCAGAGAAGCUCUCCUAGAUCCAAAAUAUUAUAUCUUGUUGGCCUUCAUUAUCUGUCAGGCGAUCACAAACGCUGGCAUUACAAAUUUUAACACUCUGAUUAUCCAAGGGUUUGGGUUUAGUGCACUUAAAACUACGUUGAUGGCUACCCCACAGGCAGCUAUUGCCUUGGUGGCUGGAAUAUUAGUCUCAGUCAUAUGCUUCCUGGUUAAGAAUGUCCGCUGCGUUUUUUGGGUCUUGUGUUCCUUGGUAGGCUUAUCAGGGGCACUUAUUGUCAUGAAAGUUGAUUCUGCGCGUCAUAGAGAUACUGCGUUAGCGGGAGUCUAUUUAAUGGGAUUCUACAAUAUUCCAUGGACUCUGAUGCUAGCUCUCGUCUCCUCGAAUGUGUCUGGAAGCACAAAAAAAACAUUUAUGUCUGUUUCCGUCGCCGUCUGGUAUGCCGUAGGAAAUAUUAUUGGGCCUCAUCUAUUCAAAAAUAGUGAAGCUCCUUCUUAUCCUAUGGGAAUCAAAGCAAUGGUUGCUUCCUUUGCAAUAAUGGCUUUCACUGGGAUUCUCUAUUUCUGUGCUUUAUUCCUAGAAAAUCGAUCUCGAAGGUCAUCCAAUGCCCAAGAUGUGGAUAUUGUGGUUGACCUCCAUAAUGCAGAAGAUGAAAAUUACAAGGACGUUACUGAUGGUGAGAACAAGAACUUUAUAUAUGUGUACUAA